AGAAGAUUGUUUUUUCUUUUUCUUUUUCCUUCUUAUAAAUGGCUAGAAGAAAAGAAAGUAUCAUACAACAGCCAUGGGAUUUAAUAAGUUCAGCAAGAAAAAGAAAUAAAACGCAUGUUUCUACCAUUAUAAAAAACUCUCCUACUCCUCCUGUAGUAACAACACAAGAUGUUAUCGCACAACGUUCACAAAGUUUUGCUUAUGGCUCGAAUUAUAAGCAAAAGCAUUAUGUUCGAAAACAUAUAUAUUCUGCUUUAUUGUCUCGAAUUGCAAUUGAAUUAAGACAGCGCAUCACCUUAUCAGAUCAUAUCAAAGACGACAUUGAAUACAAGAAUAGCUUCGAUGGAAAAGAAAUUGUUGACAAAAUUGCCUUAAUUACUCAAACAUCAGAUAGAAAACUAGCAUUGCGAAUUGGAAAAGCCUUGAGCGAGCAACGUUUCUUCCACGAUGUCAGCUACGAAACUCAAUUGAUAGAUUCAUCUAUUUACAUUUAUGAGUUUACUAGUCGUAAUUUCUACAGCUCUCAACCAAAUGGAAGUGAUAGUUGGAGUGAAAAUGAAUCACAAGAAGGUUUUGAGCAUGAUACUUCCAAUUUUCCUAAUGGAAUUAUCACCGAAUUGACACAUUGCUACGUGCCUACUUGUUGGGAUAUACGACCUUGUUACAGCCUUACUUGUCCGAAAAGAUUACAGGUAUUGUCAUUAUAUAAUCAGCAAGUCAUCUCAUGGGUUCUAUUUUGUGAACAUUUCCUUUUUCAGAUAAAAUACAUUGAAAACGAAGAAGAAGGCAUGCUUGUACAAAAACCCUCUUCACCAACCUCGUUUUUACACAAUGAUCUCUGGGCAGAUAAUGUAGAUCAAGAAACGUAUUUCUCUCUCCCCAAAACUGAAAGGAAGAGACAAGAAAACUUGUACGAAUUAAUAUAUACCGAAAAAGACUAUGUACAGAGCCUAGACUAUUUACUUAAUAUGUGGAUCAGACCAUUGACCGAAAGGCCUAUUAUUCCAGCGUCUCGAAAAGAAUCAUUUGUUCGCAAAGUGUUUGGCAAUGUUGAAGACAUUUAUCGAAUUAAUAGUAGGCUUCUACAUGCUCUUCAAUUACGCCAAAGUCAACAGGCCGUUGUUCAUCGAAUUGGUGAUAUUUUAUUAGAGUACGUGAUUGAAUUUGAGCCUUAUAUUAGCUAUGGCUCAAAACAAUAUGAAGCUAAAUUUGCCCUGGAAAACGAAAGAUAUAUCAACCCUAAUUUUGAUGCAUUUGUUACAACAACAGAACGACACCCUAGCUCAUUGAAACUGGAACUGAAUGGCUAUCUUACAAAACCAACUACUCGACUUGGACGAUACACCUUAUUAUUAAAUGAAAUCCUAAAACAUACCCCACCUGAUCACCCAGAUUUGGAAGAUUUACCAAAAGCAGUAACCAUCAUUAAGCGCUUUUUAUCCCGAGUCAAUGCAGAGACCGGUAAAGCCAAAAAUCGAUUCGAUCUAGAGCGAAUCCAUUACAAUUUAUCUUUCAAAUACAAGGCAGAUGAAAUGAACCUUGAUUUACUAGACAAAAGUAGGUCUAUUAUCAAGCAAGGUACACUAAAGAAAUCACCUCAAAUUGAUUCUGUUGAGUAUCAAGUAAUUUUGUUUGAUCAUUAUUUGAUUAUUGCCAAACUAAAGAUUUCAAAUGGUACUGAACGUUACAUAAUUCAAAGAAGACCUAUUCCUAUAGAGCUUUUACAUGUAUAUUUACCUGACACAGCUAUUUCACAGAACAAGAGAUCAAGUACAUUAGCAUUGCUGUCACCAACAGCCCCUGGAACACAUAUUCGAGCUUCAAUUGAUAUUGGGUCUCAAUUGAAUUCGGCAAAUUCAACAAGUAUCAAUGGGAAUAAAACAAUCCAUUAUCCAAUUGCGUUUCAACAUUUAGGACGCAAUACGCUCAAACAGUACAUUCUCUAUACAACUUCUCAUGCUACAAGAAAGCCAUGGGUUGAGAAAAUUAGAGAGCGACAAGAGGAGAAAAACAAAAAGAGUCCUAUCUUUGAACUAUUUCCUGUUAUUCCUGAACAUACUUUCAAAGAAUCAAAUCGGAUUAAUCAUUUUAUUACAUUCAAUGGUGGUCAGCAAUAUCUUUUGGCUACGGACGAUGGCGUUUACGUAGGGCAUCAUAAUGAUCGUCAUACAGACACAACGCCUCAUAAAGUACUUUUACUUGAAAAAGUGACGCAGAUUCAAGCUAUUGAAGGCACAGGAACAUUACUUGUUUUAGCAGACAAGACAUUAUGGGAGUACCCAUUAGACGUUGUCAACGGUAAACCAGAAACGCAGCCUUCAGGUCGGUUUGUUCAAUCUAAUGCACCUUUUUUCUAUACUGGUAUCUGCUUGAAAAAGAUGAUGGUGUGUGUGCCCAAGAUUUCUACAUUAAGGUCCGUUAUUACUGUCUUUGAGGCCGUCAAACGCUCGGAAGGAGGAAAUAAUACAACUUCAAUUACAAAAACGACUACUAGCAGACGGUCAAGUCAUAUGCUGGAUCGUUUAUUAUCAAUUCGUACUUUGGCUCAACCUUCAGAUGAUUUACAUUUAAAAAAGCUCAAGGAUACCUAUGUGCCUUGUGAAGCAUAUGCUGUUGAAUUAUCUGCCUCCAUGAUGCUCAUUACAUCUUCAAGAGGCAUGAUCAUGAUUGACAUGAGAACAGAUCAACCUCAGCAACUGCUUAAUCCAGGCGAUAGAAAUCUUGCUUUUAUUCUUGAACGAGAAAGAGAAGUAUCUUCUUCAUUGCAUUUGCGACAACCUAUUAGACAUAUUGCUAUCUUUAGAACACCUCGCAAUCAUUAUUUUAUGUGUUAUGAUGAAUAUGCUUUUUAUAUAGAUAGCAAAGGAAAUCGACUAUUUACAAAAUUUCUUAUUGAAUGGGAAGGCGCACCUGAGUCUUUUGCAUUUUGUUACCCAUUUGUUUUAGCAUUUGACUCUUCUUUUAUCGAAGUUCGUAAUGUGGUUACAGGAGCGAUUGAACAAAUUAUACGCGGAAAGCACAUGCGAUGUUUGAACAAUGGUCACAAGACAGAACUCUCUCUCAUUUUUGGUUCUAAAAUUGACUCAAUGAACGAAAAUUAUCAAUCUAUAUUUGAAAUUCGGCUCGUAGCAGAGCCUUUUAUUACAGUUGGCGUCGAGCCAUCUACUUUGAACUAAUUG